AUGCUCUUCAACGUUUUCCUCUCUGCCGCCACCGUCGCCGUGGCGUUCGCCGCGCCUCCCUUGCAGAAUCGUGACGGCACCAAAGUCCCGACGGUUAAAGCAGCCUCUGCAAAAUGCGGCAACGGCCAGGUAAUUUCUUGCUGUAAUGGCGGCCUGGCUCUCGUGGGCGGAAACUGCAGCCCUAUCCCGCUGCUUUCUCUCCUUCCAAUUUCCACGGCUUGCAAUAACCAGGUUGCUUGCUGCACUGGCGACCAGGCCGGCCUUGUUAACCUUCAAUGCACUCUCAUCUCACUGUAA